UUAUUCUCACACAGCUGUUUAUUCAGAUAGCAUGGGGCGCGUUCAUUUACAUAAUAAUUUUUUUUUAAAGCAGCAAGGUUGAGUCAGACAGAGGAGUGCUCCUUUCAAUUGUUGCAUUUAAACCAAUAACGUUAGGACAAGAGAAUAACUGUGGUUUGCGUUGCAAAAACAAAAAAAGCCCCGAGGCUUCAUGGGCAGACCUACAAGGCUGCGCAAACAAAUCAAGGGAUGAGAUUCUGCUGUUUCUUUGUCUAGGGUUCUCAGAUGCUAUCUGCGGCUGCCGUUCGGUGGGGAAAGCGCGCAGGGCGCAAAGCUGUUCCCAAACAGAACGGUGGGAGCUGAUGGCUCCGAGUUUGGGGCGAGGUAGAAACUCUCCAGUGCCACUUCCGACUGUAAGCCUUCCUGUUGCCGUCCACUGUGGCGGGGUUCUUCCUGGGGAAAGGGUUUUGGCUCAGUGGCUCAGCAGCCCGAGCCUGCAGCAGCGCCCGGGCGCCGUCCCCCGGAGCCGGGCUGUCCCCUGCGUGCGCGCUCCGCGGCCGGCAGCGCCGCAGCUCCGCUGAGCGCGCUGCACAGCCCUCGCAGUUCCUGCCCAGCAGCAGAACUAUGUCAGGAAUGGAGGCUUACUAAACCAGAAAACUCGAAGGAGCACAUUAAACUGGUGGACGCGGCACAUGUGAGCGCUGUGCAAACAUCUCAAACCAGUUCAGAUGUUGCUGUUUCCUCAAGUUGCAGGUCUAUGGAAAUGCAGGAUCUAACCAGCCCACAUAGCCGUCUGAGUGGUAGUAGUGAAUCCCCCAGUGGUCCCAAACUCGAUAACUCUCACAUAAAUAGUAAUUCCAUGACUCCCAAUGGCACCGAAGUUAAAACAGAGCCAAUGAGCAGCAGUGAAAUAGCUUCAACAACAACGGACGGGUCUGUGGACAAUUUCUCAGGUUCAGCAGUUGGAAGCAGCAGCUUUAGUCCAAGAACAACUCAACAGUUCUCCCCACCACAGAUUUAUCCUUCCAACAGACCAUACCCACAUAUUCUCCCUACCCCUUCCUCACAAACUAUGGCUGCAUAUGGGCAAACACAGUUUACCCCAGGAAUGCAACAAGCCACAGCAUAUGCCACGUACCCACAGCCAGGACAGCCAUACGGAAUUUCCUCCUAUGGUGCAUUGUGGGCAGGCAUCAAGACUGAAGGUGGAUUGUCACAGUCUCAGUCACCUGGACAGACGGGAUUUCUCAGCUAUGGCACCAGCUUUGGUACCCCUCAACCUGGACAGGCACCAUAUAGCUACCAGAUGCAAGGUAGCAGUUUUACAACAUCGUCAGGAUUAUAUACAGGAAAUAAUUCACUCACAAAUUCCUCUGGAUUUAACAGUUCACAGCAGGACUAUCCCUCAUAUCCCAGCUUUGGCCAGGGUCAGUAUGCACAGUAUUACAACAGCUCUCCAUACCCAGCACAUUAUAUGACAAGCAGCAACACCAGCCCCACGACGCCGUCCACCAAUGCCACUUACCAGCUGCAGGAGCCGCCGUCUGGCAUCACAAGCCAAGCCGUUACUGAUCCCACAGCAGAGUACAGCACAAUCCACAGUCCUUCAACACCUAUUAAAGAUUCAGAUUCUGAUCGAUUGCGCCGAGGCUCAGAUGGGAAAUCACGUGGACGGGGAAGAAGAAACAAUAAUCCUUCACCUCCCCCAGAUUCUGAUCUUGAGAGAGUUUUCAUCUGGGACUUGGACGAGACGAUCAUCGUUUUCCAUUCCUUGCUUACAGGGUCCUAUGCCAACAGAUAUGGAAGGGAUCCACCCACUUCAGUUUCCCUUGGACUACGAAUGGAAGAAAUGAUUUUCAAUUUAGCAGACACACAUCUAUUCUUUAACGACUUAGAAGAAUGUGACCAAGUUCAUAUAGAUGAUGUUUCUUCAGAUGAUAACGGCCAAGACCUAAGCACAUAUAACUUUGGAACAGACGGCUUUCCCGCUGCAGCCACCAGUGCUAAUUUAUGCCUGGCCACCGGUGUCAGGGGCGGUGUGGACUGGAUGAGAAAGUUGGCCUUCCGCUACAGACGAGUGAAGGAGAUCUACAACACAUACAAAAACAAUGUGGGAGGUCUUCUGGGCCCAGCAAAGAGGGAGGCCUGGCUGCAGCUGAGGGCGGAGAUUGAAGCACUGACUGACUCCUGGUUGACUCUGGCCCUGAAAGCUCUCUCGCUCAUUCACUCCCGGACCAACUGUGUGAAUAUUUUAGUCACAACUACUCAGCUCAUCCCAGCUUUGGCAAAAGUCCUGCUAUAUGGAUUAGGAAUUGUUUUUCCAAUAGAAAAUAUUUACAGUGCAACUAAAAUAGGAAAAGAAAGCUGUUUUGAGAGGAUAAUUCAAAGGUUUGGAAGAAAAGUGGUAUAUGUUGUUAUAGGAGAUGGUGUGGAAGAAGAACAAGGAGCAAAAAAGCACGCGAUGCCCUUCUGGAGGGUCUCCAGCCACUCUGACCUCAUGGCCCUACAUCAUGCCUUGGAACUGGAGUACCUGUAACUGCCGCAAGGCACUAAGAAACCGCACAGCUACCCUGGGACCAGGGCCAAAUCCAACAGGCUUGUGUCUCAUGUCAGCGCUGGACUCCAGAAUGUAGCAAUUCCAAUGUACUGAUGCGCAGCUGCUGUUGGUCUUGACCUCUGCCCUCACAGUUAAUGGAGGAGCACAUCUAUUUCUUCAGAACAGCUGUUGACUCUAGUACUGUGAAUCUAAUGAAAAAAAAAAAAAGCCAUGAAAAUGUUCUAGCACA